CUGUUACAUAUCUCGAACGCGUGUUAAAAGCCUCUCGCUCUUCCAUUUGCUCAAAUCUCUCUUUCGCUCUCUCUUGCUCUCAGACCUAGGGUUAGGUUUUUCCAAUCAAUCCAUCGAUCCGGUCAUGUCGUCGUCGAAGAAGAUCACUCUGAAGAGCUCUGAUGGCGAGACCUUCGAGGUCGACCAGGCGGUGGCUCUCGAGUCGCAGACCAUCAAGCACAUGAUCGAGGACGAUUGUGCCGACAACGGAAUCCCACUGCCGAACGUCACCAGUAAGAUCUUGGCCAAGGUCAUCGAGUACUGCAGGAAGCAUGUGGAGGCUCCCAAGACUGAGGAUCGUGCCAACGGUGCUGUUGAUGAUGACCUCAAGACUUUCGAGGCUGAGUUCGUCAAAGUUGAUCAGGCGACUCUCUUCGAUCUCAUUCUGGCUGCGAACUAUCUGAACAUCAAGAGCUUGUUGGAUCUGACAUGCCAGACUGUUGCAGACAUGAUCAAGGGAAAGACUCCGGAGGAAAUCCGCAAGACGUUCAACAUCAAGAAUGACUUCACUCCGGAGGAGGAGGAGGAGGUUCGUAGGGAGAACCAGUGGGCCUUUGAGUGAAAGAUGAUAUCUCAAUGGCGGCUUUAGCUUUCUGUGGUAGUUUGGAUUGCUGAAGAUGUGGUUAUUUCCAUCACAUCUUUUAUGAACAAUAACUAUGUAGCUAGUAACUUGAAAACUGUUGGUAAAAGAACCUGGGGUCUAGUGCUCCUCUAUCUAAUAUGGUAUAUUAUGCUAUUCCUUC